AAAUAAGACUGCUCUGCACUUUUGUUUCUCAAAAACCUGCUCAGAUUGUUUAAGCUAUGGUUGUGUUGAUAUAUGGUUGAGCCACCAGCAGUGAUGUCAAGGGAGGGAUUGCUGUUGUUCUAUCGACAUAUACCUACUUUCCCACUGUCUCCAACAGCUAGCUUUGUGGUUGGUUGGACCUAUAAGUUGCAGCAACUGAGGCAGUUCUCAACUAAUUUUCCGUCCUGAAUUUGGAGCUGGGCCUCUUGUCUUGCUUGGAUUCUACAAAAUCCAGUUGCCUGCCUCUGUUUACUCAAUUUUGCAGGUGAAAUCACAACCUACCUCCUCUGUCUUCGAGGUUCAGGAGCAUUUCCAUCUCCACUGCCUAUCCGCAUCAAAUCAACCAACCCAACAAGCAUGAAGCAACAAGUCCCGAGCAGCAACGGCCAUGGCAGCAGCAUCCAUUCCAAGUCUCCUGUGCCACAAACGCGGACAUCAAGAGCACCACCACCCAAAGUGAAGCAACCUCCUGCUACUCCAGGCCCAGGGGUGAAGGCCAGACCAAGACCGGCCGCCUCCAUGGUAGCAACGAGGAGGCAGCCUGCUGUGCCCGUGACCGUGAGGAGGGUGACGAUGAGCACCACGGAGUCGGAGACCGUAGAGGAGGAGGUGGUGCGGUUGCGCGGGGAGGUGGAUGCCUUGCGGAGGGAGGUGCAGCGCCUGCUCCGCCUUAAUCAACACCAACAGCAUGAUGCUGCAACCAACAACAUUCCACAACCUCCUAGCAAGAUUUCAAUUUCCGGAGGAGUCGUUGCAGCUGCACCACCGCCGCCACCGCCACCGCCACCGCCACCGCCACCGCCGCGGUACCAAAACCAGCGAGUCCCUUCAGCUCCGAGCACAAGCCCGGUGAGCAAGGCCACUGCCCUGGUUGAGAUGUACAACUCGCUGCAGACCAGCAACAAGAAGCCGUCGAAGCACACAGACAAAAGUAGAAGCCAUCAUCAGCAUAGCAGCAUUGUUGACGAGCUGCAGAACCGCUCCAGGCACCAGCUAGCGAUCAAAGAGGAUGUGGAAACAAAAGCAGAGUUCAUCAACCAUCUCAUCAACAAAAUCCACACUAGUACUUACACUGGUGUGGAACAAGUAGUCACCUUUGUGGACUGGCUGGACCAACAUCUUUCUACACUGUCUGAUGAGACAGCCGUCUUGAAGCACUUCAACUGGCCUGAGAGGAAAGCUGAUGCACUUCGUGAAGCGGCAUCUGAAUACCGACACCUCAAUUGUCUUCUAACAGAGAUCUCUUCCUUAAGAGACGAAGACGAUGGUGGUAGUGGUAGUGAGGCCACAGCCACUCGCAGGAAGAUUUCAAGCUUGCUAGACAAAUUGGAGAAGAGCAUGGACAGAUUGGUGAAUCUAAGGAGAUUGGCGAUGCCAUCCUACAAAGAGUUUAGGAUUCCAACCGACUGGAUGCUUGAUUCAGGGAUGGCCUCAAAGAUGAGAUUGGCAUCGGUGAGUCUGGCGAAAAUGUAUACCGAGACAGUCCUUAAGGAACUGGACUGCAGGGAUACAGCUGGGACUGGGAACGAGGCUGCUCUGGUUGCUCAAAGUGUGCGCUUCACCUACAGGGUCCACCAGUUUGCUGGGGGACUUGACUGCGAAGCAAUGCAUGCCUUUGAAGAGCUAAGAAAGCGGGUUCAGCUGGUCUCUACAUGAACAUGCAGGAGCCAAAACCCUACCCUAUUCCUCUGUUUCUUGAUAAUAUAACAUAUAUGUAGCGCCUAGUUCCUUCUGAGUCUUCCCAUUUUCAUUCUCAAUGUCAAAUCAAGUCUUGCCAGAAAUGGAUUCGGAUACAAUCAUGUUGUGAUUUCUCAUAAUAUAUGAAAAAUCUGUCUAUCCAUAGA